AUGCGAGCAAGACACCAGAAGCCCAGCCAACAGGACACCACAAAGGAGCCAAAGCAAAUUCAGAUCGACUCGUUGAUGGGCUUGAUCUUCGGACUAAGUGACACCUUGCUUGCUGUCACACUACUUAACCGCCUCGGUGUCGAACAGGCUGAGCAAAUUGUUCAAGCACUAAUUGAGUAUAUCAUCGCCGAACCGGAGCAACUCUACAGCCCAGCGUUCCUCUCGUUGCUUCGAGAGAUUAGCAAUCGAGUCGGCGCGAUCAUAAUUAAUAAGGUCUUCACUGUAGAGCAAUGGGUGGGCUUCCGUCCGGAGUUUGCACAGCUUGCAAAGAUUCGUAAUGUGCUACCACUACAUAUCGUGUUCUAUGGCUCGACUGCAACAUUGCCGCGGCUUAUAGAGGACUGGCUGUUCGAACACCUCGGGCUCCGUCCACGUGGCCUUGAUCCAUAUCAGACGAAGGUCAUUCGCGGCAGCUGUGACAGGCCUACUAUUAGUCACCUUAUUAAGCGCAUUUCGCAAGAGUACCUCGGUGACUUCGACUUCCUGUAUUUCGAGUGCGAUGAGGCGGCGCAGAUAGGCGACGACGGCAUGAUAGAAGCCACGCCCCACAAGAUUCCAAAGACCCUCAACUUCGUCGAUAGCUACAAGGCAAUCUAG